GUUGCAGGACUUCAACCAAGAUAUGACCUGCACGCCAAAGUGCCCCGCUGCACGCCGACUCGCAGAGGAGCCUGACGGCCUCACAAGCCUAGAGCAGUGCUUGGAGCGCUGCCCUUCGGUUGGCUUCAUGGCAGCCAUGGAGUUCGGCGAUUGCAGGGCCAGCUGCGAGAGAAAGCAUCCCGCGGCAGGAAAGAAAGUUCCUGCCUCGGAGCCGCCUCUGGAAGGAUGCAAGCGCACAUGCCGUCAGCACAAGGGCAACUUUUGGCACUUUUUGUAUUCCAACUGUGCCAAAACCUGUGCUGCAAAGACGGCGCUCACUCAGGUCCAGUAUAUGCAGAAGUACAACGUCUCUUUUGGGAAAGAAGGCGAAGAAGAUCUGCAGGCGGAGGUCACUGCACUGCUGAGGACGAGGUUCAAGUUCAAGAAGCGUUCCAGCAAUCAUCCCUUCAGCUUCAUUUUGGAGACGUACCAGAGCAAAGUUGCAGAGGCUGUAGCCAAGGUGUUGGAGAUCCCGGAGAAAGCUCCGCCACCCAGAGUGGUGAUCAGGCAGUACCGACCUGGCAUCCAUCACGUGGUACCAAAUGUCCUCAUCAAGGAUCCUGGCAACGACGUCGAAGCCGUCGUGGACAUCAAGGGCAUGUCGAUCUCUGACGUGAAGAAGCUGGGUGACAACUCCACACUCGAACAGAUCGACAAGGAGUUGAAGAUGUCGCUGGUCAGGGACGUGACAACCGUGGGACUUGCGGAAGUGUCGCCAACGGAAGCCCUGGAAAGCACCUCCUCUUCAAUCCAGGGAGACUUCAUGUCUCUGGGCUGGCACACCGUGUGUCGACUCAACGAGGCUGAUACGACCUUCGAUGGCCAAGGGAAGGUGAGAGUCGUGCAUGGGCAAUCCUUGCGGCAAUGCUCCAUAAACCCCAUUUCGGCGCUUGGCACGGAAAAUGCUGAUGGACAGCGCCUCUGCAUUUGCAUCAAAAUGAGACGCUGGACAGCGGCGCUUCUUCUGAUCUGGUUGUGCUUGGCCGAGGAGGAGCAGGCGAAUUGUGCGGAAGAGGUUGAACGGAAGGAGGAGUCGGAGACGGAGUCCCUUCGUGUACAGCUGUUGCAGCAACGCGAGUUUCGACUGCAGCGAGGGCCUCUUACAACGGCCGAGGUUCCUGCGAAACAGCAGUUCAGCUUGCCUGUGGCAAAAGCUUUCGCAACUGUCAGCCAAGCAGCGUUUUGCGGGGCUGACGAAGAGCUACGCAACUGGACUUGCAAGGCCUGCCAUGAUGUCGGUUUUUCACUAACCUUGGGCACUCGGCGGCUGGUACGGCAGGCAGAAUUGGGCGAGGCGGAUUCCACCUUCGUGUUUGUGUCGCGUGCGGAAUGGAUGCCAGAGAAGCCCGAAGCAGAGUGGCUGUGGCCACCUGCGAGGGCCAAGGAACCUCUGAAGCACGGCGGCCAGGAUUGUUACACUCAUUGUGGUCAGAUUGGCGGCUUCUGUGCUUGGUGCGGCGUGGGAAAUGCAUGCUGCAGGAAAGAUGAGGCCGGAGACCCAGCAGAAUGCGCCAACGCGACCGGGUUCAUCGGUUCUGAGUACCACGAGUGUGUGGCCGUGGCAGAACCGGUCAACAGGAAACCCGUCCUGCACGGGGGUGAGGAUUGUUGGCUGUACUGCGGCAAGGCUGGCGGUUUCUGCGACUGGUGUGGUGCGGGAAAUGCUUGCUGUAGGAGUGGCUAUGACAAGGAUCCGCUUGAAUGCCGUGGGGCUGCAGCCAACUCUUCCCACCACGUAUGCACCACACCGGCACGAAAUGUGCCGCAGCCAACCACUAAGCGUGAGUUCGGCUGCAUCCUGGCAAUCAGAGGCUCCAAGACGUUUACGAACGCCUUGCACGAUGCCUUCUUUUGGAGUGACGAGCUUCCAGUGCAGGAGUGCGAUGGAUGUCAAGUAUUCGAUGGCUUCUGGCGAGUGUGGUCCGGUGUAGAAGCGAAGCUUGGGCGAGUUCUCAUUGACAACGGCUGCAUUCCAGGCACGGAGCAUGGCACCAUCCUCCUCACGGGACAUUCCUUGGGCGCUGCCGUGGCAACCAUUGGCAUGUACAUGCUGCAGCUUCGAGGUUACAGCGUGGGCUUGUCCUACAAUUUCGAGUCGCCCCGGGUCGGCAACGAAGCUUUCCACGAUGCAUUUGAUGUGAUGUUCGGUCGGAAAGUGGAUCUGUGGCGAAUCACACGGUCACGGGACCCGGUUCCUCACGUUCCACCGCUUCCGAUCUAUCACCAUGUUGGAUCCGAAGCCUACUUUCCAAAAGAUACCAAGGAGCCUGUGGUGUGCCUGGAAUCAGAGGACUCCAAAUGUGCAGAUAGAUAUUCCCUUCUGGAAACACUGAUUUUCGGUUGGGACCACUGCAAGUCUGAAAUUGCUGCUCCCGGCCGUGGCUAUGGCGAAGGUAUUUGUCAAUGCGCCGCUGAAUGA